GAGAAAAUAUCUACAAAUCAUCUAUCGGAUAAGGGACUGUAUUUAGAAUGUAUAAAUUAUUAUACUGAAUUAUAAAAAGACAACCCAAUUUAUAAAUGGGCAAAAGAUAUGAACAGACAUUUCUCUAAAGAUAUACCAAUGGCCACCAAUAAGCACAUGAAAAGGUGCUCAACGUCAUUAGCUUCAGGGAAAUGCAAAUUAAAUGCACAGGGAGGUACUUUUUCACAUCCGCCAUGAAAAAGACAUAAAAAAAAACAAAACAGAUGAUAACUGGUGUACCAAGAAUGUGGAGAAACUGGAGCCCUCACACACUGCAGCUGGGAAUGUAAAAGGAGCAGCCGUUUUGCAGUUUCUCCAACAGUUUCGCAGAGUAUUUCCAAAUGAUGCAGCAAUGCCCCUCCUAGCAAUAUACCCAAGGGAAAGGAAAACACAUCUACAUGAAAACUUGUACACAAAUGUUCACAGCAACAAUAUUCAUAAUAGCCAAAAAGUAGAACCCACCUAAAUGUCCAUCAACUGAUAAAUGGAUAAAUAAGAUAUGGUCCACCCAUACAAUGGACUACUUCUGGAAAUAAAAAGGAGUGAAGAACUGACAUGCUACAUGGAUGAACCUUCAAAACACUAUGCUCAGUGAAUGAAGCCAGCUACCAGAAAACCACAUAUUGUAUGAUUCCACUCAUAUGAAAUGUCUACAAUAGGCAAAUCCAGAGACAGAAAGCAGAUCAGGGAGAGGGGGACUUGGGAGGUGACCUCGAAGGGUCUAAGGGAUGCAGGGCUUCCUUCUGGGGUGAUGAAAAUGUCCUAAAAUUGAGUGUGGUGAUGGUUGCACGUAUCUGUGAAUAUACUAAAAAUUGUGAAUAUACAUCAAAUUGUACACUUUAAAUGUACAAUUUAAAGGUGUGAAUUGUAUGGCACAUGAAUUAUACCUCAAUAAAGCUGUUAAAAGAUUCAGGGGAGAGAUCUAGCGGCUGCCUUCCCCAGCUCAGGCUCCAAAAUGGGAAAAUCCUUCGCCAAUUUCAUGUGCAAGAAAGACUUUCAUCCUGCCUCCAAAUCCAACAUCAAAAAAGUAUGGAUGGCAGAACAGAAAAUAUCAUAUGAUACGAAGAAACAAGAAGAAUUAAUGCAACAAUAUCUUAAAGAACAAGAAUCAUAUGAUAAUAGAUUGCUUAUGGGAGAUGAAUGUGUGAAGAAUGGCCUUAAUUUCAUGUAUGAGGCUCCACCAGGGGCUAAAAAAGAAAACAAAGAGGAAGAAGAAACAGAAGGAGAGACCGAAUACAAAUUUGAAUGGCAAAAAGGGGCCCCACGAGAAAAAUAUGCCAAAGAUGACAUGAACAUUAGAGAUCAGCCCUUUGGUAUUCAGGUUCGAAAUGUGAGGUGCAUUAAAUGUCACAAAUGGGGUCAUGUCAAUCCAGAUCGAGAAUGUCCUUUGUUUGGUCUUUCUGGAAUUAAUGCAAGUUCAGUUCCCACUGAUGGCUCAGGACCAUCGAUGCACCCCUCGGAGCUAGCGGAGAUGAGAAACAGUGGGUUUGCACUGAAACGAAACGUACUGGGGAGAAACUUGACUGCAAAUGAUCCAUCACAGGAAUAUGUUGCAAGUGAGGGUGAAGAAGAUCCAGAAGUCGAAUUUUUAAAGUCACUCACAACCAAACAAAAACAGAAACUUCUCAGGAAAUUGGAUUGACUCGAGAAGAAAAAAAAAGAAAAAGAGAAAGGCAGAAAAAAGAAGAAGCUUCAGAAGAGCAGAAGUAAACACAAAAAACAUAAAAACAAAUCCUCCUCCUCUUCCUCUUCCUCCUCUGGUGGCACUUCAGAAAGCAGCAGUGAGAGUGACAACAAAGGAAAAAAAAAAAAAAUACAGAGGACUUCCCUCAAGAAAAGAAAGAAAAACAAGCAUUCAGGGAAUUACAACAGUGGUUCUGGAGAGACGGACAAGUCUAAGAAGAGAAAACUUGAUGAAGAACGUUCUAGCAGUCACAGUAACAAGGAAAAGCCUAGGUUUUUAAAACAAGAGAGUUCUGGGGAGAAGAGCAAAUGGAGGCAUUCUGAUUCUGACAGAAAGCCCAGAAGCCAUAACCAGAGUCCAGAGGAGAGAGGAUCUGGAAGAAAUGAGAGAGGCAGCAGGAGCCAGAGCAGGGAUGAGAGGAGUAGGAGAAGCCGAAGCAGAAGUCAUGGUGGUUACAAGCCAAGAGAAAUAAGAAGACGGCCACGGCGAAGUCCCAGUGAAGAGUGGGACAGAAGAAAUGACACCAGAAGCCAUGGCACAGAUAGACACAGAGGAGGGAAAAUGCACAGAGCAUUAUCAGGAGACAGGCACACUAGAGUGAUGCAAAGAGAAUGGAGAAGUAGAGAAUAGAGACUUGUAUGUGACAAUUACCUGGAAAUAAAAAUAUCUCCACUUUCUUCUUGAAUACCUUUAGCAAGGGCUAAAUUAUGUACUAUUGUCUUUCUAAUAAAA